AACCACAGCGCCGGCUUAGCAGAGUAACCUUUCUUUCACGAUAUAUCUCUGAUAUACACACGUGUUCUCGAGUUUUUUUUAUAAAUUAAAAAAUAUAUAAAAAACAAUGGAAAAACCAACUGUACUCGCCAGGGUUAUCAAAGUUCUCGGUCGUACCGGGUCCCAAGGACAAUGUACACAGGUGAAGGUUGAGUUCCUGGGAGAGGAAAACAGACAGAUCAUUCGCAACGUUAAGGGCCCAGUGCGCGAAGGCGAUCUCUUGACCCUUCUCGAGUCCGAACGUGAAGCCAGAAGGCUUAGAUAAAUCAUUCAAACAACAUGUGAUCCAUAGAUGACAAGCUCUACCAGCAAUUGUUGAUACCGAAGACUGAAAUUUAGUUUUUAUGGAUUUUGUACAAGUUGUCUUUGUAAAAUACCCAUCUUCCGAGACCAAAAUAUCAUGCAAUUUCUAAAAACCAAGCGUUCGUUGAAUGGAAUAAACAUUUGUUGGUAGAUA